GCCAAACCUGAACAACCCCAGCACCUGAACAGUCAUACAACCCCUCCAAGCCCAAAAGACACAACAACUCCUACUAGCUGAAGCAAGAAGACAUCAACAUGGUCUCCUUCACCUCCCUCCUCGCCGGCGUCGCCGCCAUCUCGGGCGUCUUGGCCGCUCCCGCCGCCGAGGUCGAAUCCGUGGCUGUGGAGAAGCGCCAGACGAUUCAGCCCGGCACGGGCUACAACAACGGCUACUUCUACUCGUACUGGAACGAUGGCCACGGCGGCGUGACGUACACCAAUGGUCCCGGCGGGCAGUUCUCCGUCAACUGGUCCAACUCGGGCAACUUUGUCGGCGGCAAGGGAUGGCAGCCCGGCACCAAGAACAAGGUCAUCAACUUCUCGGGCAGCUACAACCCCAACGGCAACAGCUACCUCUCCGUGUACGGCUGGUCCCGCAACCCCCUGAUCGAGUACUACAUCGUCGAGAACUUUGGCACCUACAACCCGUCCACGGGCGCCACCAAGCUGGGCGAGGUCACCUCCGACGGCAGCGUCUACGACAUUUACCGCACGCAGCGCGUCAACCAGCCGUCCAUCAUCGGCACCGCCACCUUUUACCAGUACUGGUCCGUCCGCCGCAACCACCGCUCGAGCGGCUCCGUCAACACGGCGAACCACUUCAACGCGUGGGCUCAGCAAGGCCUGACGCUCGGGACGAUGGAUUACCAGAUUGUUGCCGUGGAGGGUUACUUUAGCUCUGGCUCUGCUUCCAUCACCGUCAGCUAAAGGGGGCUCUUCUUUUGUGAUGUGUGAAAAAAAAAAAAAGGAUGGUGGAUAAAAGGGGGUUGAAGGGCUUGUGUUCUUUGGCUCUGUAGAGGCUCUAGGGGGUUGGAUUGGGCUGACUAU